UCUAACAAACAUAUAAUUAACAAUACAGCGGAGAAAUCGAGAGAGGGAAAAGGAACAAUGGACAUCACUACGACUCCGAUUGAAUACGAUGGCUUCCAAAUCAAAUUAUCUGAGAUUACACCGCUGCGGAGAGUCCAAGACCAGCGGAACGACCGUCGUCGAUGUAUGGCCGAGGAGUGAUGGAAAGAUCUAUGGCCGAGGAGUGAUGGAAGAAACGGCUACGGCAUGAAAAAAAUGUGACGGCGGUGGUCCUGAAUGAAAUUGGAACGGCGGUGGUCCGGAAAAUAAUACGACGGCAGAGGUCCGGAAGGAAUUGCGGUGGCGGUGGUCCUGAAAGAAACUGCGACGCGGUGGUUGUGAGAGAAACUGAGACGGCGGUGAUGGUCGAGAAUAAGCAGUGAUGUUAAUGGGAGUGGAGGAUUGUCAGCAAAGAUGGUUGUGUAAAGGAGUUGUGUUUUCCGGAAAAAAAAAACAGAUUUGUAGUGUCGUAGCUCUUGACGAGGAAGAGCGUCUAAGAAAAAAGGAAAAAAUAUUAUUUUUCUUAGAUAGUUAAAGUAGGUUGCUUGCGUAGAAAUAGGGAUAGAACAGGUAUAUUUGAAAUAGAAACAGUACACUUACCACAUAGCUAAUUAUACUUUAUUGAGUCAAUUAGGUGUAUAUUCUAAAACUAUAUGGAAAUUUGCAAGGAAGGAGAAGCCUAGGACGCGAAACGGGCUUGCUUGGGUCUGGCCAACUGAAUUACGAAGCUGCCCUUUCAGUCUAAUGAUAACCUAUAGAAAAGUUUAUAUCGUAGAGUAGGGAAACGCAAGAGUUGAUGUGAUUAGGGAUAGAUAUAAACAUCGAUAUAGCAGGUUUUUGUGUGCUUGAUAUCGUCGAGAAACGAAACAUAUCCGGCCCAAUUCGGCGAGCAUUAAAUGCAAGAUCUUGUAGAGAUUUUGGCAUAUACAUACACCUCUACAUCGUCGUCUUUUGUACUUAUCUCCGUUUAUAAAACCGAAGCACUUAACCGGCUGCUGAGCUCACAAACAUCAUCGUCUUCCACCUUUUAACAGAGAGAAAAAUCAAGAGAGAGAAAACUUCCAUUCGAGGCAGAAACAAAGAUGAGUCAGCUUGUGCGUCUAUGGCGUGGGGAUUGGAAGAAGCAGCCCAACGGAGACUGGAUUUUCUUUGAGGACCCAUCUGACUUCGGUUUCGGUGCAUUGAUCGGCGAGGGUGAAACUUUUGAGUCACUGAUGACUAUCGUUCGUAUGCGAUACCAACUGGCGAACACAACCCCUGUUGUCUUAAGCUACCAGCUUCCUGACCAUAUGCUGGUCCAAGCGGGGAGGAGGUCGCCACCGAUAACUCUAUCUACCACCGCAGACGUUGGCGUCAUGUUGACUGUCCGUGAUUGGUACGCGGAGCAAACUGUGAAUGUCACCAUCGGACCACAAAACGUCGCUAUGUAUCAUUUUCAUCGUCGUGACAACUUUGUUGUCCGCGGCAGGACCUUUGUCGUUGAUGGAAGCUCUAACGAAGAGGGGAGAAAUGCGUUCGAAGGUCUCAUGAAUGAAAGGAUUAUCGUUUGUAGUGUGAGUGUUUUGGAAGAGAUCUUUAGCGAAGAGGACAUGGUCAUCUUGCACCGUGUUGCUCUAGAGCUGAACUCUCCCAGUUACACUCGUGGUCGUCGUGCCCCUCCCCCAUCUCCGACUACCAACGGCGGUUCUACUCGAAUGGAACUUGUACUGCUGGAUGAUGACGACGAGGUGAUGGCUACUACACAAGUGAGUAAUGGAGGCCACAGUGGACUAAUCGUUGCAAACUCGGGUGAAAUGACUAUUGUUCCUGUUACGGAACAACAGCUGGAACUCCCUCUCAGCCAGCCACCCACAGCCUUUGGCGACGUCGGUCUUGAUCUCAUGGUUACAUCCCAAAACGGAAACCCCGAGAUUGACUGUGAAGGGUUCCAUGACAACUUCAUGUGGGAAAGACUCUUGGAAGAAGGAUUGCUUCAAACUGUUCAAGGUAAUAUCACCGCACAGCCCAACGAGCCCAACGAGCCCAACCAGGAGUCUCCCAAGUCUGUUCUCCGUGUGCUUAAUGGGCCUGAAGCCCAUGAUGGUGGAAACUCUUCUACUGGAUCGUCCGUCGGUGUGACAUCACUUGUGCCUGAAACCGUCCUCACCCCAGUUACUGGGACCACUUGCGGUUCAAUCUCUAGCGUCGGAACUCAGCCGGUCGGACUAAUGAGCAGUGGCAAUGCUUUACUUGCGGAGUUUGACAAGUACAUUGAGGCAAGAUCGACAAUGGCGAUGCUCUCUCCUGUUGGGCCUGGGCUUCCAGCUUCCGCAGCUUCUGCAUCGUUUGCUUCAGGCUCAAAGAGUGUUGGAUCUCCAACACUUAAGUUAACCUUGGGCCGUCCCAACCAAGCAGGCCCACCGAAGAAGGACCGUGCACCGGAGGAUUCUUCGCCGGAGGACAGCGGCAGUGGGGGUUCGUUCUAAGUCUUCAAGAUAUAAUCAAAAAUAACUAAAAUUUUUUGUUUGCUAAGAUCGGAAGGCAUUAUAGCCGUAAUCGUCUCUUUUUCCCCUCUAAGAUCGGCUUUAUUAUCUCGGCGGCUAACUACUUUGUUUGUGUGUGUUUUUGGAUAUGUUGUUCUCUAUGUUGUAAUGGAAACCGUCUUUGUAAAAUAUUGACGUCUAUGUAAAAUACCAAUGAAUGUUAUCUUUUUAAUAUAAUGAUGUGU